AUGUCACAAGCUAAUGUUUCAGAUGAGCAAAGGAAAAGAAUAGUAUGUACCAACAAGUAUACAUCAUUUUUGAGCUUUAUUUCAGCGCGUGGCAACUAACCAGAUAAAUAUAGGAGGCAAACAGAGCCAGGACGUUGGAGCGACUACAAAGAAAGAAGAACCCACAAGCUAGUCCGCUAGGGAAGACGCAGGCGUCUGCAUCGACAUCCGCUACAGCUCCAGCGCUGACGAAUUCGUCAUCGCCCAAGCGGCCCCUCUGUCAAAUCCUAGAUGGUCCGUCGACUACCUUCAAGACAAGGUUUUUGGAAUUCGACCCAGAUGGCUCGGUGAAGAAAGCAAGGACGCUAGAGCAAGUUGAAAAAGUUGAGCAGAACCGGCUUCGUGCUAUAGAGAUUCAAAAACGGAAAAGGGAAGAAAAAUCGAAAGCGGGAACAAAUCCCACAAGCACCACCACCACCACCGGAAAUGAAUCAAAUGUCACUUCAGCCUCGACCAACGUUGAUCUAGACAAGAUCCGACUCAACAAGAACCAAGUCGACUACACAUUCGACUCCGCCAAAUCCUCAGCCACCGGCAGCAAAUACCAAGCCCCACCGAUAAACCGCAAGGACUACAUCGAGUUCGACUUUGCCACGAUGCAGGACACACGCGGUGGCUUCAUCGAGGACGAGACGCGCAAGCGGCAAGACGAAGAGACGUUAGCGGAGUGGAAGGAGAAACAACGCGAGCUCGAACGGGUCAAAAAUGCGCCGCCACCAGCCGACCUCGACCACCUCCCACGAUGUUUCGAGUGCGGAUCCAUGGAUAUUGAUUUGAACUUGUUCACCAAUUUCCGUAAAGUGCGCGCGUGUCGUCCCUGCGUCAAGAAAUUGCCCGAGAAGUAUUCACUUUUGGUCAAGACCGAGUGCAAAGAGGACUACUUGCUCACGGAGCCUGAGCUCCAAGACGUCGCGUUGUUGCCCAGGAUCGAAAAACCCAAUCCGCACGGAUAUAGCAAGAUGCAGCUCUUUCUCCGGUUUCAAAUCGAGGAGUAUGCCUGGAAGAAAUGGGGCAGCCCGCAGGGCUUGGAUGAAGAGUGGGAACGGAGAGAGCUGAACCGGAUCAAGCGGAGGGAGAAAAAGUACCAGGACGCGUUGAAGGAGAUGCGAAAGAAGACCCGAGCCGAGGAGUAUACUCGGAAAUUGAGGGACGGCAAGGAUUUGAGCGACCGCCAUGUGCAUGAUUGGUCUGCGCCUGUUUCCAUUGGCGAACGAUUGUUGAAGAAACGAUGUAUCGACUGCGGGAUCGAAAUAGAAGAGGUCAUGAUAUAA